CUGCCUCUUCUUGCAACCUGCAGACACUGUGCCAGCAUCCAUCAGACACUUACUCUCCCUUGGUAUCCUAUGAACAUAGAAGAAUGGUGGAUUUAGACAGUGAGGUUCCUCCACUGCCUCCUAGGUACAGAUUUAGGGAUUUGCUGCUAGGGGACCAGGGCUGGCAGAAUGAUGACAGGGUGCAAGUGGAGUUUUAUGUGAAUGAAAACACUUUUAAAGAGAGACUGAAGCUGUUUUUCAUCAAAAACCAAAGAUCAAGUCUUAGAAUACGGCUGUUCAAUUUCUCGCUCAAGCUUCUCAGCUGUAUGCUGUAUAUUGUGAGAGUCCUCCUUGAUCAACCCUCUGAUGGCGAUGGAUGGUCUCAUAUAUUAUGGGUACAGAGAAGCUUACCCCUGUGGGGGUUGCAGGUUACAGUGGCACUGAUCAGCCUUUUUGAAACAAUUCUGCUUAGUUACCUCAGCUAUAAGGGAAACAUAUGGGAGCAGAUUUUGAGAAUACCAUUUAUAUUAGAAAUGAUCAACACAGUACCAUUCAUAAUAACAAUUUUCUGGCCUCCAAUAAGAAAUCUUUUUGUUCCUGUAUUCCUUAACUGUUGGCUGGCAAAACAUGCUUUGGAAAACAUGAUUAAUGAUCUUCACAGAGCAAUUCAACGCACACAGUCUGCCAUGUUUAAUCAAGUCCUAAUUUUGAUAUCGACUUUGCUAUGUCUUAUCUUUACCUGCAUCUGUGGGAUACAGCACCUUGAACGAGCUGGGAAUCAUCUAUCUCUUUUUGAUUCUCUUUACUUCUGUAUUGUGACCUUUUCAACAGUGGGAUUUGGAGAUGUGACGCCAAAAAUCUGGCCUUCAAAACUUCUGGUAGUCAUCAUGAUCUGUGUAGCUCUUGUUGUUCUUCCCAUCCAGUUUGAGCAGCUUGCCUAUUUAUGGAUGGAAAGACAAAAGUCAGGUGGGAAUUACAGUCGUCAUCGGGCACAAACAGAAAAACAUGUAGUGUUAUGUGUCAGCUCUUUGAAGAUUGACCUGCUCAUGGAUUUCCUAAAUGAGUUCUAUGCACAUCCAAGACUCCAGGAUUAUUAUGUGGUAAUUUUGUGUCCUACUGAGAUGGAUGUGCAGGUUAGACGUGUUCUUCAGAUCCCUAUGUGGUCACAAAGAGUCAUCUACCUGCAAGGCUCAGCCCUUAAAGAUCAGGACCUGCUAAGAGCAAAGAUGGAUGAUGCUGAGGCCUGUUUUAUACUGAGCAGCAGAUGUGAAGUAGACAGAACAGCAGCUGAUCAUCAAACAAUAUUAAGAGCAUGGGCAGUAAAGGACUUUGCUCCUAACUGCCCUCUGUAUGUUCAGAUACUGAAGCCUGAAAACAAAUUCCAUGUCAAAUUUGCAGAUCACGUUGUAUGUGAAGAGGAAUUUAAAUAUGCAAUGCUUGCUUUGAACUGCAUAUGCCCGGCUACAUCUACACUCAUCACCUUACUAGUUCAUACCUCAAGAGGACAGGAAGGCCAGCAGUCUCCAGAACAAUGGCAAAAGAUGUAUGGUCGAUGUUCAGGCAAUGAGGUCUACCACAUUAAGAUGGAAGACAGCAUCUUUUUUGCUGAAUAUGAAGGCAAAAGCUUCACAUAUGCAUCAUUCCAUGCUCAUAAAAAAUUUGGUGUGUGCUUAACUGGUGUCCGGAGAGAAGAUAAUAAGAACAUCUUGCUGAACCCAGGACCUAGAUACAUCAUGAACACAACUGAUACUUGUUUUUAUAUCCAUGUCACCAAAGAAGAGAAUUCAGCAUUCAAACAGCAGGAACAGCUUGAAAAGUUACGCAAACAUAAAUCCACCUAUCAUGGACCUUCCAGGUUACCUGUUCACAGUAUCAUUGCCAGUAUGGGUACUGUGGCCAUAGAUUUACAAGAUACUAGCUGCCAUUCUUCAAGUGGCCCAACCCUUACUCUUCCAUCAGAAGGACCUCCAUCAGGGAGGAGACCUAGUAUUGGACCCGUGCUAGAACUAGCUGACAAUGCAUCUACACAGCCUUGUGAUCUUCUAAGCGACCAGUCAGAAGAUGAAACUAACCCUGAUGAUGAUGAGUGUUCCGAGGGCAAAGAGUAUGCUAAAGGAUACCCACCAAAUUCCCCAUACAUUGGAAGCUCUCCAACAUUUUGUCACCUACUACAGGAAAAAGUGCAAUUCUGCUGUCUACGACUAGACAAGGGAUGCCAACAUAACUAUUUUGAGGAUGCAAAAGCUUAUGGAUUUAAGAAUAAAAUCAUCAUAGUUGCUGCAGAAACAGCAGGGAAUGGAUUAUACAAUUUUAUUGUUCCGCUCAGAGCAUACUACAGACCAAAAAAAGAACUUAACCCAAUCAUAUUGUUACUGGAUAACCCGCCAGAUAUGCAUUUUCUGGAUGCAAUAUGUUGGUUUCCAAUGGUCUACUACAUGGUGGGCUGUAUUGACAACCUAGAUGAUUUGCUGAAAUGUGGAGUAACAUUUGCAGCCAACAUGGUCGUUGUAGACAAGGAAAGCACAAUGAGCGCGGAGGAAGACUAUAUGGCCGAUGCCAAGACAAUAGUCAAUGUCCAGACUCUUUUCAGGCUAUUUUCAAGCCUUAGCAUCAUUACUGAACUGACCCAUCCUGCCAACAUGAGAUUCAUGCAAUUCAGGGCUAAAGACUGUUAUUCGCUUGCUCUGUCCAAACUGGAGAAGAAAGAACGAGAAAGGGGCUCUAACCUGGCAUUCAUGUUCCGCUUGCCUUUUGCUGCUGGGAGAGUAUUUAGCAUCAGUAUGUUAGAUACACUCUUAUACCAGUCAUUUGUGAAAGACUAUAUGAUCUCCAUCACAAGACUGCUGCUGGGACUAGACACCACCCCAGGAUCUGGUUUCCUUUGUUCUAUGAAAAUUACAGAGGAUGAUCUGUGGAUUAGAACAUAUGGGAGACUUUACCAGAAACUCUGUUCAUCCACUGGAGACAUUCCAAUUGGAAUCUAUCGGACAGAAUGCCAGAAGCUCACCACAUCUGAGUCACAGAUCUCUAUUAGUGUUGAAGAAUGGGAGGAUACAAAAGAAACCAAAGAGCAAACUACAAACCGCAACAACCAUCGAAAUUCCACAUCCAGUGACCAAUCAGAACAUCCUCUUCUGAGAAGGAAGAGCAUGCAAUGGGCAAGGCGACUAAGCAGGAAGGUGCCAAGACACUCAAACAAAACAGAACGAAUUAGUCAGCAGAGAAUGACUUUGUGUCGGAGGUCGGAAAGACAAGAACUAGCAGAAUUAGUAAAAAACAGAAUGAAGCAUUUGGGUCUUUCAACAAUAGGAUAUGAUGAAAUGAAUGAUCAUCAGAACACCUUGUCCUACAUCCUCAUCAAUCCUUCCCCAGACACUAGACUGGAGCUGAGUGAUAUCGUUUAUCUUAUCAGGCCAGAUCCACUAUCCUAUGUUCCAGCGAAUGCAUCCAGUCGGAAAAAUAGCUUUUGCAAUGCAACAGGACAAGAGUCUAAAGAUGAAACACAGCUCUGAUACAUGAGUUUUUCUGGUUGAAGAACU